CUGUAGAAAAAAAAAAAAAAAAGUAAAGUCAAAAGAUCCUCUGUCAUCAAUCUCUCCUCCGUCUCCUGCUUCGUGUAUCGCUUUUCAAUGGAUAUAGCGACCAGUAAUGCUCCAAUCAAUCUUGAAUCCGCCGCGACGAAUUCGAUGGUUGAAGACGAUGGAGUAGAACAACCGCCUGCGAAAAAGCCACGUUUUGACGAGGACCUGAAUAGAGUGGCGGAGAUUGUUCUGGUUCUAUCGGCGUUCGGGAGGAUGCGAGGUGGGGAAACUCCGACGGCGUUGGAACUCGACCUGAUGUUUGAAGCUAGGUCGAAAUUAGCUGGGAUGUGUCAGGAAUUUUACCCUAAGGAUAUUAUUCGUAAGGAUGAUGUUAGAGCUGUGAUUAACGAUUUGGUUUUGGAUGACCAGCGAUUAGGGUUCCGACCUCCUAACCUCCCCAUCUCUGAGAGGCUAUCUCUUGGGAAAAGAAAGAUGGAAGCAGCAGGAAAGUAUCCUACCUCUUCUACAGUAUCCACAGGAUAUGCAUUGUCGCAGCCAAAUGGUAGUGUUGCUUCUCCAGGUCUUGCGAAUAAAGCUUCUGUGGCACAUCAGUGGCCUAGUAGUGAAGUUUCUACUACUAGCACAAGUGGAAGCCAUUUCAAAUUGGACAGACCUCAGAUGAUACUUAACGGUGCUUCUCAAGGGACUCCAAUUUCUCCCGCAAAUUAUUAUGCUGAACCCUGGUCUGCCCAACUUCCAUCCACCAUAUCUUUCAGUACUGCACCAGAUAAGAAGGUUCCUAUUCAAAGUUCUGUCAGGGCAGCAGAUCCAAGCUUUAGGCCAUUCAGGCACGGUACAUUCGCAGGCACAAAUCAACCGAUGCAGGGGAUGCAUUAUAGUCAGACUUCUUCGUUUGGAAACACCCAUAGUGAAAUUGCAAAGAUAAUCCAUAAAUUUCUGCAACCACUGGUUAAACAAUAUCCUCUGUGGAAUCCACCUUCAAGAGAGUAUAUGAGCAGGACAAUGCCAUGCCAGAUGUGUAAUGUUACCAUCAAUGAAAUGGACACUCUACUGAUUUGUGAUGCCUGUGAAAAAGCAUACCACUUGAAAUGUCUGCAAGGAAACAAUUUGAAAGGGGUUCCAAAAUCUGAAUGGCAUUGCUCAAGAUGUGUGCAAGCAUUCAAUGGGAAGCCAUUUCCUCCUACAUAUGGGCGUGCAACUCGUGCCGUACCUACGACUACAGCAAAAAUGCCUUUUAGGGCAGCCGGAGUUCUAUCAUCCUCAGCGAAGAAGAUUGGAUCGAUGGAUAUAAAGGGUAAUCAACAAAAACCAAUUGUAACUACGUUUUCAAGAGUGCAAAAUAUUCCUGGCUUGGUUUCUGGAGCAGCAACUACAUCUCGUUUUGAGUCUGCUAGUGUAAAUGCAAAUACAACUGCAAGCACAGCAAAGACUACUAACAUUGGAUCACAAGGCUUUACGGAAAGUGUUAUUUGUGGAGCUAAUUCUCCAGCACUUGUAUCGCUUACCGAGACUCCAAAUCGUACAGCACUUGCAAGUACAAGUUCUGUGAUAAACAAUGGCCUCAUUUCGAAACCUUUAACACCAGUUAGCACUAUGAGCAGCACUUCUCCAUUGCAUGUUGGUAACCAAGUUCCCGUGAAUGCAACCUCAAACGCUAGUCCGAGUACACCAAUAACUGCUAGCCUUGUAGCACAACCCCCGACAGUUACCCAAAAUGGAGACAGCAGCUCAACCGCCUCUGGGACUGCUGACCAUUCUAUAUCGAAUGCGGACCUUACCCCUCAAGUUCAUACAUUGACUGUUACUUCCAGUAGCAAUUUUCAACCGGCAGUGUCACAUUCUGAGAUUGCAAAAGCAACUGAAGAUGCAGCUACUACUGAAAAUGUUCCCGAGUGUGAGAAUCAAUCAGAGUCUACAUCUCAUUCAGACUCUGUGAAUGAUAAAACAACAUCAGAUAUUGCUCAAGAAUCAAGCAAGGAUGCUAAAGUUGCUUCUGAAACUUGUGAGAACCACCCAACCAAAUCUCCAGCCACAGUUGUAUCAGAUCAGGACACAAAGAUCACUGCCGAACCAUCCAUGCCACAAGAUAAUUUAGCUUUCCAGACAGAGAAAACAGCGUCUCAGCCACUUUCGGUGUCAUCUAACUAUGAUUCAAAAACCGAGAAGGAAACACCAAAUGUCCAAGAUUCUUUACAGAAUGUUCCGGGAGAUUCACAGGAGGGCAAAGUGUUAAAUGGUUUAGAUGAUAGACAUCAGGAACAGCCUUCUGAGCCGGAGUUGUAUAAGUCAGAUUCGAUAAAGGAAGCAAAUGAUGCCUAAAAGUUUUGAGCAUUCACCUGGGAUUUUACUUCACCAGCGAUUCUCUUCUUCUCUCUCCCUUUGGCUCUCAAUGGUUUAUAUAUCUCAUUUGUUAAGUGAAACCAGGAAGAUUCAAAACAUUGAAGCUGUGGAUGAACUUGUCAAAGCUUGUGAGUGAAGACGAUGACGAUUUGAUAUAACAUGUUACAUUGGUUUACGGCAUCUUUGAUCUAACUCUGUGAAGGCCGAAGGGAACUGUAAUAGAAUCUUGAUUCAGGUUUUGCAACUUAUGAAAUAAAAUGAUUUUUCUUAUUCA